AGCAAGUUCUGCAUUGAUAAGGCACACAGUUUUGUUCUCAAGGAAAAUUUAAUCCAAAACAUAAGACACACUAUUAGAGCCCUAAUAUCUGGCAAAGCUUUAAUAAAAAGAAAAUGAAUUCCUGUAACGUGUGUGCGGCGCAAACGAAAAAUAAGUGUUCAAACUGUAAUCAGGUCUCCUACUGUAGUGUGCAGCAUCAGAAACAGGAUUGGCGACAACACAAGGCCAACUGCCAUCCCUUUAAGAUCGCUGAGAACGAGCUGCUCGGUCGCCACUUGAUUGCUACGCGAAACAUAAAGCCCUACGAGAUUAUAUUAAAGGAAGCCCCGUUAGUGCGUGGACCUGCUCAGAUAUCGGCACCGGUAUGUUUGGGCUGUUUGAACAGCAUAGAGCCGACUGACUAUAUCAAGUGUGAGAUGUGUGGCUGGCCAUUGUGUGGGAAAGAGUGCAAGAGUCUCGAUGAGCACAAGGCCGAGUGUCGGCUUACACAGGGCAGGGGUCAGAAGGUCAAUGUGGAGGAAUUCAACGGCCCCCAUCCACUCUACACUUGUGUCACGACUGUGCGCUGUUUACUUAUUGGCGAAACAUCACCAGCUAAUGCGGAAAAGUUCCAGCAACUGGAGUCUCUCGAGGACACACGUCGAGGCUCCAACCAGUGGAAAGCGGACUUGGCCAGCAUUGGCCAUUUUAUACCUAAAUUUUUCAAAACUUCUCGAUUCAGCGAGGAAGAAAUAAUGCGCGCUAUUGGUACUCUUCAAGUCAAUGGACACGAAAUCCCCACGUCUGAUCCGCCACAUGUGGCCGUUUUCUAUGUGGCUUCCUUCACCGAAAACUCCUGUCUCCCAAAUCUGGCAAAGAGUUUUAACAAGAACGGACAUUGCAUCCUCUGGGCGCCGAAGGCGAUUCAGAAAAACGAGCACUUAAGUAUUUGUUACUCGGAUGCUCUACUUCCAAGGCCAUCCCGGCAGCAUCAUUUAAAGCAGACAAAGCUGUUCAAGUGUGCGUGUGUGCGUUGCCAGGACAUUACCGAUCUGGGCACCUAUUACAGUGCCAUUAAAUGUGAGGACAGUCAAUGCGUUGGCCUUAUGCUGCCAACAAAGUUGGAAGAUUGGAACGGUACUUGGAGCUGUGGAUCGUGCAAGAAAAUAGUGCAAAAGUCCUAUCUGGAUCGCAUUCUGGAGCGCGCUUCUAAGGAUAUACAGAACAUGGAUAAAUCUGUGGAUAAUGCCAUAAAGUUUCUGAAUCACUAUGAGAAGUGGCUACCCUCUCAGCAUUUCCACAUGAGCGAAGUGAAAAUGCUCUUAGUUCAGCUGAUUGCCAAAGAUGUGCAAGCUCUGAUGGUAGUACCAGAUGACAAGCUCAACCUUAAGAUAAUAUAUGCACGUGAGUUGAUAGACCUUUACGAGAAAAUAACGCCAUGCGAGGUGCGCAUGCUGGGAAUGUUAUGCUUUGAACUUCACUCGGCAAUUGCUGAAAGCACGCGUCGGAUUUCACUGCAGACGAGCCUUUCACCAAGGGAGUUACUGGAGGAGUCUCUGCUCUAUGUGGACAAAUGUGUUAACUAUCUGCAAUACGAGUCGGACAUCUUCAUCGAGGGGCAUAUACUCAAACAAGCCAAAAUAAACCGGGACGCCCUACGCAUGGUUAUGAGAAUUUCUUGAUAUCGUUCCAAUAGUAGAUAUCAGUCGUUUAUUGAUAUGGUGUAGACACACGCAUAUAGUGUACCCAAGUAGGUACAAAUGUACGUCAUAGUGUUUAGUGAUCAAUAAAUAUUAUUGAUUUUCAAUGCGUAA